AUGGUGUACGACUGCAGCCCAACCCAGCUAACGCUGGCUCUGAUUCCCACUUUUGCGGGACUCCUGCACAGGCACCUGGCCUCAUCCGGAACGGAGAUGCUCCCCGGUAAGGCCCUCCGUGACCUGGAGGUAAGGGUUCAGGCUUUGGCGAUAAUGACCAAAGACCAAUUAAUGUGCCUGGCGGCGGAGCUACUCCCCCCAGAGGGCGUCCGCACACUCAUGCAACACUUGAGUGUCCUACACGGAUACGGCGAAUGGGAAGAGAUUCGGCGCCGCCGACGGAGGGCGCUGAUGGAUUUGAGCCUCACCUAUUUGGCGGCAGCGCGUCUCCAAUCGGGCGCAUUCGCCGCUCAAGCUCAGCACUUGCACACGUUCGACAUAGUAGCAUUGGAAAGGGAAACCUACAUCGGAGCCUACACGGCCCGACUCCUGGUGGAACCCUUCCGGACGCAAUAUUUGGAGUCAACCGAAGAAGUACGCGGGAGAUUUUUCGCACAAGACAGAACGCUUAACUUAGCUGCCGCUGAGUGGGAAGUGCAGAGCAGCCGGCUACAGGCUCAGCAGGAGGACAGCCGGAGCAACUCCGCUGACAUCACCAGCCUGGAAGGUCCCGAGCUCAGAGUGCCGCCACCGUUCAGCGGGCAGCGCGAGCACACGGCGAGGAUCAACCUCGCCACAAAGGAAAAGGUGACACGGAAGCGGCAGACCAAGGAAGUCGAGGGCGGAGAUCCUCCCCCUGCGGCCAAGGCAAAGAGUGGAGAUGCUCCCUCUGGCAGUAGCUCCUCGAAAGUAGACCCUGCUCCAAGGUACGCCGAUGACCCGCAAUUCCUUGAGGCCGUCAACCUUCUGGCCUCUGAAGGAUACUCUCCCUACCCGCCUCUUCAGGCUGGCUGCGAGGGAUCGAUCAGGGAUCUCAACGUACACAGAGUCUCGGUUGCCGUGACAAAGCAACUUCGCGAAGGACUGAGUGAGGUCACAGCGCCCUCUCCCAGGAUAGCCUCCUCCUUGAUGGCCACAUUCUUGGCCUCCCGAGCUGGGCUCUAUGGAGAAAACCUCGCGCAUCUGCUAGGAAAGCCAGAACAGGAGGAUGCGGGCUGGUUCCGCUUUCCCUACUCCUCGCCGAACAAACUCGCAAAGAAGGGGGAGAAAGCGUUUCACGGAACGCACCUCGAGUGCCUACAUGGCAUCAUGGCGACUGGCAGAAUAUUGCCAUCCUCUUCUGUCCUCGAAGGCACCAGGCACUUCGAGGGUCGUCCCGGUGUCUAUCUCCACAAGGAGAUCAACAGACAUCUGGCAGCGGGCUAUGCAUCGCUAACCCGCUACGGGCCAAAACAUGUUUUCAUGAGGGCAAUGCUUGAAGUCCUCUACGAUAUCGAUGGCUCCCAAAAGAAAGGGAAACAAACGAACCAGCUAAUCCUGGCCUACGACAGCGUGCAGAUCACAGCA